AUGUUCCGCAACAAGGUGCUCAUCCGCGCCGCCGCCGCCGCCGCCUCCUCCUCUUCCUCUCCCUCUUCCUCCCCCUCCCCGCUGCCCCCAUUUCUCCUCCGCCAGCUCUCGCUCUCCGCCGCGGUCCCCAUACCCGCGGUCGACCUCGAAAUCCUCUGCUGCAGGCUCUCCCGCCGCCACCGCCUCGCGUGCCUCCCCCAGCCCCCCACCGACGCCCUCCUCGUCUUCCAGAGAUGCCAGUCCCUCGAGGCGGCCGAGGCGGUCUCCGAGAUCGCGGUCGCGUUCCCUGGCGCCUCGGUGGAGGUGGGUGAAGAGGAGGCUCUGGUAUGCUCAGGUUCACUGGUCGCGGAAGCCGUUCGGUGUGAGUUGCGCUCCGUGAUGCUUGACCAUGGAUGGAGGUGUCUGGGAGAGAAUAUUUACGUGGACUCAAAGUUUGAUCAGAAUGAGGAGAGGACUGAUCUCUGCGCGGUGAACGUGGAAGUUCGAUUAGGGAGAACUGAUGAUUUUGAAUUUGUUGUCUCACCUGAUGCAUUUCGGUACACUACGCAUAAGAUCUCUGAUGUUGCUAGUUCCAGUAUGUUGGAAACAUUUCAUCACAGCAAUGAAGUAGUUUUGGAUACGUUUAACUUUCUAACAGUCUGUACAACUCUUCCUGCGCUUCAGGAAGGCCAUGUGAUUGGAUAUAGCAAGAUGCUCCCCUCAGAACAGUGCUUGGACAAGUUUAUGGAGCUUUGCUUAUUAAAGCAUGGGUUAGAUACAAACUGCAAUUAUCAUGUAGCAGUCAAACUUACUUAUGGAGCUUCACUGGGAACAAAAUGGUGGCCUUCUUCAUUAGUUCUCCAAGGUCCAGGGCUUCAACCAGCCUUAAAAUCUGUAAGAGUAUCUAAGGCAAUGUCUGCCUUGCAAUCCUUUGUAGAAUUAUUGAAAGCUUGGAGUUUCUUUGGCCAUAAUAAUCUAACCAUUAAGGAACAGGUUCUACUGAACCGCUCAUCAACUCUGCCUGCUUGGGAUAAGGCUGCAAGUGACCUGACAACACACAGUUCAAGAACUGAUAAUAUUGAGAAUCUUGAUUUAGGUCAUACUGAUGUUAUGUCCAAACACCAAUCAUUUAUUCUAGACUUUCGCACCCCAAAACCUGCUGUCGUUUGUUCGUUGAGUGCAAAACUGUGGAAUACCGAAGUUCACAAGAUAGCUCAUUCUUUGGAUGACAAUGAAAAUCUCAGUGAAACAAGUCCUAUAAGCUUCAGUUUUCAAUCACAACAGCUUGCUACAAACAGUUCAUAUAAAUCACAAGUUACUCUGAUGAAGCCUUCAUUCAGCAGAAGCAAAUCAACAGAAAAAAGGAAGUUGAGAUGUUCAUCAGAACAAUCUUAUACUGAUAAUUCAAAAAAAUCAAGUCAUCCUGAUGCUGUGGCAAAUAAUGCUAAUCAUGUUAGUUCAUCAAGUGCAAUUCUUCACAUGCCAGACAUUCAGGUUUCUGAAAAUCUUGGAAGAAAGCAUGCAGAGUUACUGAAGACCAGUAGUCAAGGAGGUGAAGGAAUUGCAGAAGGUAUCCAAGUGACAAAACCAACACCGCACAUUGAAAAAGGUGUGCUUACCACGAAGGUAAUAAACCCAACGCUGAAGUCUGUUGUUCCCAAGGAUGAGUUAAUUGCAGAAGCAAAGAGAAAGGGCAAGCGAGAUCUUGACAAGAAUGUGAUGACUGCUGCAACUAAACAUAAAACAAUGCCAGAAGUUGUCAAAAAUGAGUUUGCUAUAAAGGUGAGAGAUGAUCAGAAUGAUGAGCUUAACAAAAAGGUAACAAAGGUGAUAGCAAAGGCAGUUGACAAGGAUCUCUUGAAUUCAAAGACGAAGACAAAAGCAAAGCCAGAUGUUGCCAGUGAUCAAUUGAUAGCAAAGGUGAUCGAUCAUCAUAGGAGAGGUGACCUGCGUUUACUGACAGUCACUGAUCUGAAGUGCUUCCUCGUUGCAAAGAAAGCAAAGGUUGGAGGAACGAAGGAUGUGCUAAUACAAAGAGUGACUGAGCUCCUUGCUUGA